AGCCAUUCGCCAGAGGCGGAGAAGAGUUGCUUCGACCCACCCCGUCGGGGGGAAAUAUAAAGUGGGUGCUGUUGCUCUCCUUCAUUUCUUCACCAAGCAGAGCCUCCCCGUUGCGAAGCUCGGGGGCCGGUGUGUGCGAGUCUCCCUUCUCCGCCUCCUUCGCUUCUUCCUCCGCCCGGUUCCUCGACGGGCUUGGCAUCGGACGGACAGGCAACGGCGGCGAAGAUGAAAUCCUUGCUGGUCUUCGCAAGCCUCCUCUUCCUCGUCUGGGCUCAGGUUUUCGCGGAGGAGCUGGGGGACCCCGAGGAGCUCAGCUACUGGUCCGACUGGGCCGACGGGGAGCAGAACAAGGAGGAGUUGCCGUUACCCUUUGAACACUUUCUGCAAAGGAUUGCCAGACGCCCCAGACCUCAGCAGUUCUAUGGCUUAAUGGGCAAACGAGAUGCUGGAUAUGGCUCUCUCUCCCAUAAAAGACAUAAAACAGAUUCAUUUGUUGGACUCAUGGGCAAAAGAUCUUUAAAUUCUGGGUCUUCUGAAUGGAACACAGCACAAAUGUACGAGAGGAGACGUAAAUGAGACAUUCCUGCCAUUAUUUGUUGAAAUUUGUUUGUGGCCAAAUUGAAUUAGUGUAAUAUAAAAUAGCCAUUGUAAGGAAUAAUUAUUUAUUAAUGACUUGUCUUUUUUGUUUGUUUUUUAGUUGUACAUUCAAUAAAAUAAUGUUUUCAUAUUGCGAUAGUAAUACAUGCAGCCAGUGUGCAGGUAUGUGAUGGAUUGUAAUAGGAAAGCUCCUUCUGGAAGAUUAAAAUCAAUGGUGUUUCACAACAAAGCACAUUAUUUGAUAUGUUUUGUGAAAGAGAUGUUCACCAAAUAUUAACAAAGUAGUAGAGAAAUUUUUAAAUCUUUUGUUAAUUUAGAGCAAUUGUAUCAGCUUCACUUACCAACUCAAAAGUGAUCAGGUGUCUAGUGCCUCAAAGUGUGUUCAUAGCAAAAAAAUAAUAAUAAUGUACUGUAAUUUCAGUAGCCAAAAUAUAUUUGUAUCAUUGCAGCAUGGGGUUUUUUGUGCCGACUUAUAUAGAUAUAUUUUAAAAAAUGAAAUUUAAAUGUGAAUCUAGAAGUCUUCAUUUCAUUGCCUGGCUUUUUACAACAGUUAACGGGUUGAAUAAAUGUUUUAAAAAAUGA